UCUUGGAUGUUGCCACAAGCGCACCAGUUCUAUCACCAUGGGUGGUGCCGCAGCGGCAUGCUGCUGUGCUGCCAAGGAUGAAGGCAUAGAGGUCACAGCCUACUCAGUCUCUGCCAACGACGGUGUCCACGAUGAGCGUUUUCUGGAGGCAACGCAGAAGCGUUACCAGAUCAGUAUACAUAAAACGGAGCAGAAUGACCAACUGGGCAUGGACGUAAAGCACAGACUUGGACGACUUGUUGUGCUGGCUAUACGUCGGGGUGGAGCUGUAGAUCGAGCAAAUGUCAUGGCCAAACAGCAAGGGCUUCCAGGGAUGCAGGUGAAUGAUGUAAUCGUGGAGGUGAACGGUGCCACGCUGGACACUGGAAUGGUUGCAGCAUGCAAAUCUGCCUUGGUGCUGAAUGUCACUUUCAUAAGAAGAGAACACAGCUGACCCAAUCCCUGGGUUUUGCUUGCCUCGGGCAAAGGUCCCCGGCAGUGCUAUCCUGAACGGAGCCGUGUACAUGCGAAACAACCAGACAUGAUGUGCGAAA